UAUUAUUUUAUGCUUCUCGGUGUUACAGUAUUUCUGUCUUCUUUCUGUUUUCUCCCACUUUAGAACCAUGCCUAAAUAUAAGAGCAGUGUCCGUUGUAAGACCAAAAAAAUAAAACUAACUCAGAAAACCAUCGGUGCUCGGGCGAAAUCUUCCUACAUUCCCUCACAUGCAGGCUCAUCUGACACCAACACUGUUUUUCCCUCAUCACAUGACAUUUGUACUGAAAACUCAGAGGAAGAAGGGACCGCGUAUACCAGGGCAAAAAGGAAGGAGCUGAGCCUAUGGGAUGCACUAAAAGAUCAGGUCUUGGAAGAGUCCUAUAAGUCCUCCGCUCCUUUCUCUGACAUGUGCUCUGUGUGCAAGAAACCUGGAGUAUACCGCUGUCUGGAAUGCAGCAGAAGCAGUGUUUUUUGUAAGGAUUGUGUCUACACAGUACACAUAAAUUCUUUGCACCUCCCUGAAAAGUGGAAUAAAACCUGCUAUGAGGCUGCUUUCCAGCAGUUGGUGUUGCAUUUAAGUGGGGAUCACAGUACCCAUGUUGUUUACUCCAGAGAUGUAAAGACUUUUGUCAACACAGGUCAACUCAUUGUUUGCAGAGUUUCUUUUUGUAAAUUCGAACCUGAGGUCUGCACUCUUCUGAAGUAUGGCCUUUGGCCUGCUUCACCGGAGAAGCCACAGACUGCUUUUUCAAUGGCUCUUCUUGAGCUAUUUGUCCAUCUUUCUUUGGAGUGCCAGAUCUCUGUAGAGGGAUUCAUCAACACCUUACGGUGGAAAAACAAUCUUACUGUUAUGGAGGUUAAUAUGCUGUACAGAGCCCUUGUAGGAGAGUCUAUUUCCCAGUUUCGCCAUUAUCACUUCCGACGAAGGUCACUAGUUGGCCUUUGUGACCAAUUUGAUGAUGGCACAGUGUGCCCGGCAUGCAUAAAGACUGAUGGCACUGUAAUUGUGGCUUUGGAUGCCAACUUUGGCCUUGUACGAAAAAAGAGCUCUGGAAGUAGUAUCACUGAGCCAUUGCAGGGUAACAGAAUGUUCGUCAGGGAUGAAGAUGUUGAAGAGUAUGUCAGGUCAAAUCCUGACAACUGUCAACCAACAGAGAACUGUAGCAAGUUUAAAGCUGGCAAUGCACUUCGUUCCCAAAACCAGCAAAAAAAAUUAGACAUAACUGGUGUAUUUGGAGCAUCAUUAAUUAUGUUAAUCAGAUCAUGUACAGCACGCGACGAGUUCCUGGAUUUGGACUAACAGAUGGUGAAUGCAUGGAGAGGUUAUGGUCGUUUUUGAGAAGAUUUUCUCGAGUGACUAAAGAGAUGACUCCCUCCCAUCGCCUUGACCUUCUCACAGACGCACUCCUGUACUAUGGUAGAAGAAAAUCUGCAGAUCUAGAUGUGCAGCUUCUUCAGAGGUGGGACAAAGCCGAGAAGAUUGCGAGUAUUGCUGAGGAAGAGAUUUCUGCUGUUUUGAAAGAGUCACCGAUGAGCAUUUCUGAACAUGACCUACAACAAUGGAUGGAAACACAGAGACAUGUAGCCCAAGCUGCACAUUUAAAAACUAGAGACAAAGAGAUUGUUCCAAGAUGGAAGAGGAACUAUGUGAUGAAGCUGACCGAAAUCAACCAGUUCAGAUCCGGAUCACAUCAACAGGACUCACUCAUUGAAGAUGAAUCACAACUGGACAGGGAUCUUCGAAUAAUUGAGAGACACCAUGCUGUAAAACGAAGAUGGGUCCCUUCGGAUGACAUUUUCCAGAGAACACUGAGAGAUGUUGACCAGGAACUUAGAGGUCAGCUGAUACAACGAGCACAAAAUGAAGCAAGGGAGAGGGCCACUCUUCUGAACCUGAAAAGAAGAUAUAAUG